AAAAGAUGGGGAGAAGUAGAAGUUAAUUAACAGCAAUUGGCAAAAAGAGAGAAUUAUAAGGAAAGUCGCCAGCAACGCCUCCUGCCACCAGUCAUCCCCUGGUCAAUCACUGAGCUCCGUGGUAGUGAGCAGUGAGCCUGGGCCCAUUAAUGGACCCGCUGCUGGUGCAUUAGCAUUGCCUGCUCUUGGAGAGGUCAUCACCACCCCCUGCUCUCUGCUGUUACAGCUGUGUUCUGUGGAGAUCCAGGCAUCCCCGCCCAGGGCCGGCGGGAGGAGCGAGGCUUCACGUACCGCUCCUCCGUGUCCUUCUCCUGCCUGGCCCCCAUGGUGCUGGUGGGCUCAGCACGCCGGUUCUGCCAGUCCGAUGGUACGUGGAGUGGGACCCAGCCCAGCUGCAUAGACCCAACCCUGACCACGUGUGCAGACCCCGGCGUGCCGCUCUUCGGGAUGCAGAACAACUCUCAGGGCUAUCAGGUGGGAAGCAUGAUUUUCUUCAAGUGCCAGAAGGGCUACCUGCUGCAGGGCUCCACCACCAGGACCUGCCUGCCCAACCUGACGUGGAGCGGCGUGCAGCCUGACUGUGUCCCUCACCACUGUAAGCAGCCUGAGACCCCCUCCCACGCCAACGUCGGGGCUCUGGAUUUGCCAUCUCUGGGCUACACCUUGAUCUAUUCCUGUCAGAGUGGGUACUACCUCACCGGAGGGUCUGAGCAUCGGACCUGCAAAGCAGAUGGCAGCUGGACAGGGAAGCCUCCCAUCUGCCUCGCUGACAUCCGCCCCAGCGGCCGGCCGGUGGGCACAGCGCGGGACCCACCGCUCUCCAAGCUGUCAGUGCCUGCUGAUGUGUUUGCAAGAAAUUCCCUCUGGAAAGGCUCCUACGAAUACAUGGGAAAAAAGCAGCCUGCAAUGCUGUCUGUCAGCAGCUUUGACCCUGUCACCAGUAAAGUCAAUGCCACUUUGAUAGACCACAGCGGCCUGGAGCUCCAGGUUUCUGGCAUUUACAAGAAGGAAGACGUGCACCUGCUCCUCCAGGUUUAUCAGAUUUUGGGGCCAGUGGAGAUCUUUGUAAACAAGUUCAAAAAUGAUAAAUGGGCUCUAGAUGGACAUGUCUCAUCAGAGUCAUCCAGUGGCACCUUUGUGUACCAGGGCUUUGUGCGUGGCAAAGGGUUCGGGCAGUUUGGUCUUCAGAGACUGGACGUCAGCAUGAUGGAAAAUGAUCCAGAAUCGAUAGGACACCAUUUUGCAUCAAACAGCAGUUCUGUGGCAGCUGCCAUUCUUGUGCCUUUCAUAGCCCUGAUUAUUGCAGGGUUUGUGCUUUAUCUCUACAAACACAGAAGAAGACCCAAAGUCCCAUUCAAUGGCUACGCGGGCCAUGAAAACACCAACGUCAGAGCAACGUUUGAAAACCCCAUGUAUGACAGAAACCUGCAGCCCACGGACAUCAUGGCCAACGAGACAGAGUUCACAGUCAGCACUGUGUGCACAGCUGUAUAGCACUCAUCCCCUGCGUGAUUCCUCCAGGGUCGUAUCUAGCAAAUGAUUGUGUUUCACCUCACUAGUCUCCGUCCAUUCCCUCCCCAUCUCCCUCCUUCCAACCUUGUUGAGGCUGUGGAGAAGCUGCUACGCCUUGUUGGACUCUGUGUUACUCCUGAGAGAUGGCUCCAUCAUCCUCGUCCACCUCUGCAUCCUGCCAUGGAUCAUGAAGCCAAGCAAACAUCUGCUCUGCACAGCUCCUCUCUCCCACCCUCCCGGUGGGCACCAGCCUGGUAGUGAGACCUGGGGAAGUGGAGGGCCGUGGAAACGAGGUGAUGGGCUCAGUGUGCUGCAGGGAGCAGGGGGGUACGUGGGGUCUCCUCCACUUUUGGAGGAUCUUGGACAGACAGGGAGGAAGCCAGGUUGCACUGCACAAGGUGCUGACUGGAGUUAAUGGAAAAUACCAGUGUGGGGCAAGAUGAGUAUUCGCUUUGUCUUUAGUUUUGUUGGUUACCUGUUGGUUUGUUGAAGUCGGGGCUUUUGUGGAAGUUUUCAGAUGGGGCCUUUUCAAUGGGAAAACUUUUCAAGCCUUUCUCCCCUUCCUUAUAUUUAAUUUUCCUUGGCACGUUUUAGUUGAGUUCGGGUUUCUUCUGCCAAUUUACAUGAAGUCUCUUGGAGCCCGAGGCUGCUUUCAAGGGCUGCUGAGGGAACAUCCCUCCAUCCCUGGCUCCUGCAGCCAGCUGCCCACGUCAGCCGUGCCCAAAAACCCUCAUAAGAAAACUGCUGACAGACAUGAAGGGACAAAAACCUCUUUAAAAAUAACAAAUCCUGAUUUCCACCUCCCCCCAAAACUAGUUGCAUUCAAAAGCCUUUGCCCUUUCCAUAUUGAUCCUCCAAAUGGCAAUGCAAUAAGAGUUUUAAUUUCUAUCCAAAGCUCUUCCCUUUAUUUCCCAGGGGCGGAAAGGUUGGCUUGGCUUUCAUGAGUACAGAUAAGGGGACUUGACAUUUUUCCUCCUUUAUAAAAGAACGAUGCUUUGUGAUGUCCUCCUCUAAUAAAGAGGAGAGCUGCUCCUGUUGAUUUAGGGGUUUAGUCUGUUUGAUUUGAGUCACUGUUUCUUGAACCAUGCUGGAGUCCAAGAAGGCAACAGUGCCAUUUUACCAAACUGUAAGUCGAGCACCUCUCUGAAAUACUGUUGACUUAGAGCAGUAAGUCAAUGAAACAGCUUUUUCUUACAGAAAACUUGAAGGGAAAAUAAUUAAAACAAAUGGAGUGGUGUUUACAUCUCUGCUUGUAUUUGAGCACUGGCUCUCCCCUACCUGAUGUCAGCCGAGGUUUUGUCUGAUGAAAACCACAGGGUAGUUUUUUAUGUUUUGUUUAUUCUUUUACUCUGUGUGUGUGUGUGUAUGUAUAAAUAUAUACUAUUUUUUUUUUUUACUUCUGUCUCUCAUUCAGUGCUCUUAGAAUAAGCAGCAUUCUCCAGCCUGUAGUCUGAACAGCCAGCCUGCCAAAAAAUGCCAUCUGCUCCCCAAAGCAUCGCAAAGUCGCUCUGAUUUGUACCUGAGAGGUGGGUGGAAGCACACGUGUGAGGUGUGGGUGCACAGACAGCUCAGUGCCACUGCUGCAGAGCUCCUCCCAGCUCAUGCCAAAUGAUCAGACAGGUGAGAAAGGCAACCAGAAAGCUGCUUGUUGGCCUGAGCUCCUUUGGGUAGCCAGGAGGGGCUGCCAGGGUACCUGCCCUCCACUGACGUGGCCUCCAGGCAAGUUGAAGGUGAAGUAAGAAGAGGGAUCCCUGAGUGGGGCUCUGGGGGUCCGGGGCCAGGGCUCAGCUGUGUCCAAUUCCUCUGCUUCAGCUGAGCUGCUGCAGUGAAGUUGGGGGCUGCCCCUCCCUCACACUGAUGUAACUGAGGUCGGGACGUUCCCCUGGUUCUCCUCCUCCUGCAUGCAGAGAUGCAGCUGGUUCCUGACUUCACCUCUGCUCUCUGGCCCCUGUUUGACUUCAGAGGCACCUCCCCAACCUGAGUUAUUCUGCGAUUUCUGCCCUUAGCCAAACCCACAGCCUAUGCUUCCUUGCUUUGCCAACUCCCCAUAACAGAGAACAGACCAGGCUCCCUUGCACAACAAGUCUCUAAAGCAGCCCCCUGUGCCAACGAUUGCAGCAUCCUGGCACCCGUGUCAGCACAGACCUUGCAGCAUCCCACAGCAGCAGGGCUUGAAUCUGCCCCCAGCUCUCUGAGCUCCAGAAAAACAUCCCCCAGCUGCCACCAGCACCAGGCUGCUGGCACACUGCAGGCAGGUUGGACACACACACACCCCAACACGUCCCACAUUUGCUUUUCAGACCUUUCCAAAUCCCACUCCAUCAAUGCAAUAGCAAGGAGAAGCUUGUGUCAAGGUGUGUAAAACAAACCCGAGACGUUUCAACAGCAAAGCAGGGAGAGCAGGAGCUGUCUUUAUACAAGAUUUGCUGCUUUCAACCUAUUAUGUACCAUUUUCUACUGUUCCCAAGCAACAAAGGCAGAGGAAGGGGUCUGAUCCCAUUUUUUUGCAAGCUGGCUGGGACGUGAUGUGUGCCAUUUCUCCAUUCUUGUGCCCAGAGGACUUGCAUUAUGUUCAAAAAAGAAAAGAAAAAAAAAAGGAAAAAAGGAAAAAAAAAGAAAAAGGAAAAAAA